UCUCCAGAAUCCAAAUCCAAAACCCUUGCUCCCACAGGAGUGAACGGCACGAGGCGGCGGCGGCGGCGGCGGCGGGGGCGCGAGGGAGGCGGCGACGAUCAUGGUGGUGCGGAUUCGGCUCGCGCGGUUCGGGUGCCGGAACCGGCCGUUCUACCGGGUGAUGGCCGCCGACAGCCGCUCCCCGCGCGACGGCAAGCACCUCGAGGUCCUCGGCUACUACAACCCGCUUCCCGGGAAGGAUGGUGGCAAGAGGAUGGGGCUGAAGUUCGACAGGGUCAAGUACUGGCUCUCUGUUGGGGCACAGCCAUCAGAUCCUGUGCAGCGCAUCCUUUUUCGGGCUGGACUUCUGCCUCCACCUCCAAUGCUAGCUAUGGCUCGAAAGGGUGGGGCUCGUGAUAGGCGCCCCAUUCAUCCAAUGACUGGACGCCCCUUGGAUCUUGAGGGUGUCACAGUUGUUGAUGACUCCAGUGUUCCUGAAGAUGAUGCUGAGCAACCUGUGUCAGAGGAGUGAUGCUGUGGUAGGUCUCCACUUGUUUGUUUGUCUCUGAUAAAGAUCAUGAGUACUGUACAAUAUGGAAACUUUCUAAUCAUGUAAUCUUCCAUUGCUUUCUAAUAAUUUACAAGGUCAUUGUUUGUUACGACUAUGCAUCUUUAGGUCUUAAUGCAGCACUAUGACUUAGUCAUUCUCAACACACAUUCUGGAAUGGAUUUUUUUUUUCCUGAGUUCUUUCUGUGGAUGCAGAAGUUGACAGACAGUUAUGUUCUCAUGGAGUUAAUUUGCACUUGAUUUGUUCA